CUUUUACCUCGCAACUUCGAAAUACAUUGAGAAUAGGUAUUCCUAAAAGAGAAAAGGGGGAAGGGAAAGAGAAAGGAGUAGUGGAAAAGCGAAAGGGCUUUAGGGUUUGCCGAUCUUGUUUUUCUCAUACGCUGUCAUUGAUUUGGGUUUCAUGAUUUCGUUGCUAUCAGUUUUUUCUCUUGUAUUGUUGUCUUUUGCAAAGACAAUGGAGGAUUUUGUUCUGUUUUAGUUUUUUGUUUGUUUAUGUCCCUCUCGUCUUUUCCUUGCCGUUGAAGGGAUAGACUGUUUCCUUUUUUUAUUUAGGUUUGUUUUCUUUUGAUGGUUUUGUUUUUAGGUCUGUGGCAAUGAACUAGGAGGGAGUUUCUUGGACAAACCUUGCUAUGAGGGGGUUCUGAUAGGUUUGCUUGCAGAUACUAUUCUGAGUUGCAAAUUAAAUACCUUGCCUGAAUUUCCCAGAGUAUGACGAGGUUCAAACUUCGGAGUAUUUAUUAGCCCUCCUCAACAGCUUCAGCCCCAAAACGUAUCAUAAAGAAAAUCAGCUAGGUAUCAUUCUCAUUUAAAUGCCUCAUUUGCUUGUAAUGGCAUUUACAGACUUGGCGGAUUAGGAAAUGCUGCCUUGUCAUUAUCUCUUAAUAAUGGUUUAUGUACACUGAAAUCAUCGCUUCUAUGAUUUGCUCGACCCCUAGAUGCCCUUCGGUGAUUAGACGAAUCACACGGAUUGUUGCCAAGCCCAAGUUUGACAAUGAAUGUAGCAUUGGUGCCUUUAUCAAGGCCUUCUGGCCUCCUAUUAGAUCUACAAACCCGAUUCCAUUAAUUGAAGCCGUGUAAAUGCAACUAAAAAAAAUAACAGGACAGGGAAUUAGUAUUAAAUCCUUAUGGCCAUUUUUAUAUAGUUCAGCCAGUAAAUACCUUGCUCAUUGUUUAGGGUAAAAUAAAGGGACAAUGUUCAAAACAAACCAUAAAUGUGAUUUUAGAGAAAAAUUGGAUAACAAUUUAUGGUGGUGAAUGAUAUUGCUAUCCUCAAGUUAUCCACGGAAAAUUAGUCAUGCAUUAGCAACUUCAAGUUUAUCCCCGGAAAAUAAGGGGCUGUAGUUACAAUUGCUCCCUAUAAAAAGGCUAUAAAUCAUGAGUUGUCUUUCAUAAGAAGGGGAAAAAAAAUCAUUUAUAUCCAAGAAAUAUCAAAAUGUUAAGAACAUGCAUUAGCAACCUCAAGUUUAUCCACGGAAAAUAAGGGGCUGCAAUUACAAUUGCUCCCUAUAAAAAGGCUAUAAAUCAUGAGUUGUCUUUCAUAAGAAGGGGAAAAAAAAUCAUUUAUAUCCAAGAAAUAUCAAAAUGUUAACAAGGUCUUUGCUCUGCCCCCUGAUCACUAUAGUUGCCCUGGCCUUAUCACAAGGAUCGCAUGCUAACCAAAACCAAACCCGUUCUUCUUCUGCAGCCCUAACAUCCGCCUCAUUCGUGUAUCAUGGAGGCCCUCUCUUGAAUCAACCUAGAAGUAUCAAUGUCUACCUUAUAUGGUAUGGAGCUUUCUCCAUGAAAGAUAAAUCCAUCGUACUCGAUUUCUUUGCUUCUUUUAACCCCAAGGUUCUUAAUCCCCGUCUACAGCCUACUGUCUUAACAUGGUGGAAAAUAACUGCUUCUUACAAAGACAAGGCUCAUAAGCCUGUUUCUAGGGCUUUUAGAGUCGUUAAACAAGUUGGUGAUGCAUAUUCUUUGGGCAAGAAUAUCAGACGUGCCCAAGUAGCCGACGUUGUCAAGAACAAGAUAAAGGCAAAAAAAUUACCUGAAGACUCUAAUGGUUUUUACUUAGUUUUGACCUCUAAGGACACAAUUGUGGAGAAUUUUUGCAGGAAUUCUUGUGGGUUCCAUGACAGUGUUCAGAUCUCCAAGGGUAAAUUAGUGUAUGGACAUGUAGGAGACUCGGGACAGUGUUCUGGAUUUUGUGCCUGGCCUUAUGCAGUUCCACCUUAUGGUCCUCCAGGGCCUCCCUUGGUGGCACCUAAUGGUGUUAGUGUCGAUGGAAUUAUUAUAAACAUUGCAACUGUUCUUGCAGGAGCUACUACCAACCCUUAUAAGAACGGUUACUUCCAAGGUGAUGCCUUAGCACCACUAGAGGCUGUCUCAGCUUGUCCUGGAAUAUUUGGUGCUGGAGCUUAUCCAGGAUAUCCUGGAAAAUUGAUUGUUGAUAAGGCCACCAAGGCAAGUUAUAACGCUUAUGGUGCCAAUAGCAAGAAAUUUCUCGUUCCAGCGAUUUGGGACUUGCUGACCUCGGCCUGUAAGCCCGUUGCCACUUAAUGUAGAAUUUACAGAAGAGGCUAUUAAAAAAUUAUAUGGCAUUACACAGACAUGAUUAUCUGGUAAAAAUUUGCUGGUGCGACUUGGAUAUGUUAUAUUGAAAAUUUGAAUAUAGCACAAAUAAGCGUACGGUGCAAGAUAUCAAAAGGGCAUCGACAUGGUAUCAAUACAUACAUAAUUUGGAUGGUUAUGAAUUCUCUUUGAAACGAUAAAAUUUUAAGAGAAAAAAGGACACUCCACAUCGAAGAAUUAGAUCGGAGUCAAGUGAUAAAAAAAGAAAUAAUUUCUGUUUACGACAUUCAUUUGAGUUCUACAAUAGUUCUCCGGAAGAAGAAUUUUGAUACUGAUGGUUUUAAAAAAUGCGACGAGAGCCACAGGUCUGUAAUAAAGUUUGAGAUCCAAAUUCUAUCAUUUAGUGUCAAUUUUAUAUUUUACUUAUUUUUAAAUUUUUUUU